UUGAACCAAGAAGAGAUGGAGAGAAUAAGAGAUGAAAAUCCUGUAGUUACGGAUAAGGCCCGAAAUCUGCUUGACUGGGUCAUUCGGAAAGGACCCAGGGCAUGUCAAGUCUUCAUAGACCAUAUUUGUGAAGAUGACUGCCACCUCACAGAGUUGCUGGGGCUCUCCUCAGCUCCUCUGGCAGUGGGGGACAACGCAGCUAUGCCCACAUCCUCUUGCCCAGAAGGAAAUCUCAAGCUUUGCUCCCAAGAAACAGCAAGCAGAAUAUGGAAAGAAAAGUCAGGAGAGAUUUAUCCAAUCAUGGAAAAGUCAACACGCACACGUCUUGCUCUCAUUAUCUGCAACACAGAGUUUGACGAUCUUCCCAGAAGGACAGGAGCUGAAGUUGAUCUUAGAGAUAUGAAGAUGCUACUAGAAGGUCUGGGGUACUCUGUGGAUGUGAAAGAAAAUCUCACUGCUUCAGACAUGACUACAACGCUGAAGGAAUUUGCUGCCCGGCCAGAGCACCGAACCUCUGACAGCACUUUCCUGGUAUUUAUGUCUCAUGGUAUUCGAGAAGGCAUCUGUGGGAAGAAAUACUCUGAGGAGAUCCCAGAUGUAUUAAAUGUCAACAACAUCUUCCAAAUAUUGAACACCUGGAACUGUCCAAGCUUGAAGGACAAACCCAAGGUGAUCAUCAUCCAGGCUUGCCGCGGUGAGAACCAUGGUGUGGUGUGGUUGAAAGACUCAGUAGAAGCCUCUGGAGACAUAUCUUUCCCAACACCAGAUGAGUUUGAGGAUGAUGCCGUUAAGAAAGCCCAUGUAGAGAAGGAUUUCAUUGCCUUCUGCUCUUCGACACCAGAUAAUGUUUCUUGGAGACAUCCUACACGGGGCUCUCUUUUUAUAAUGAGACUCAUCAAGCACUUGCAAGAUUAUGCCUGCUCCUGUGACUUGGAGGAAAUUUUCCGAAAGGUCCGGUUUUCAUUUGAGCUGCCAGAUGGUAGGGUGCAGAUGCCUACCACGGAAAGAGUAACAUUGACGAAAUGUUUCUACCUCUUCCCAGGAUAUUAAAACAAGAAAACAUGACUUCUGUCAUCCUAUACCUGUUUUCGGAAUCAUGUCAGCUGAAAAACAAACAUUUAAAUAAACAUUCUAAUAAAAGUAAAAUAGAAGUGAAAA